AUGCUCGGUCAGCGGCCUUUUUUUGCGGACAUACUUGCCACGCCAGAUGAUAUCACAUCAGAACAGGUUGAUAGUCUUGGGAGAUCAUCUCCACGGUGGUGGGGAAAAUGGGAGGCGCGUGACGAAGAUUUCGAUCAAAAUGGCAACCCAAAGCAAGAUCGACAGGCGAGAUCUUGGGCAGGCCACUUUGCAAAGAAUAUACAACGUCGACGCCAACAAGCUAGAAUCCUGGGCUUUGGUGUAGAAGAGAGAGCUGCUGCAAUGAAGACGUUGAGAUUGAUGCUGUCUUCUGAGCCGGAACAACAGUUGACAGCACAGGAACUACUGAAGUGUGAGUGGAUGGAGAGGUGGGCAAUGCCAGAUUUCAAGAAAUACUAUUAUGAGGAGUACCGGACCGGUGGAGAGCUCUCAUGA